CAACCGCUGUCUACAUAGUGCAAUUAAAUACAAAACUUUCAGUUUCGCUUAGUAACUAUUGCUUCAUUACGAUUAAGCUGUGGUAGGCGCGUAGGAGUGUGUUUUUUAGCUAGAAAAAACGACAAUUCUCAGUUUAGAGAAGAAAAAUGUUGACGAAGAUUUGCUUAGUUGUUUUGAGUUGUUAUGUAAAUGUGGCCCGUAAUGAGAGAAUUACUUCUGAUAAUCCUCCUCCCUAUAUAAAACAAUGCUACGAAGGCGAUCCAGACGUGAUCAACUGCUUUAUAUCGGCGCUACAUCAUCUGCAACCUUACUUAGCAAAUGGAAUUAAAGAAAUCGAGUUGCCAUCAGUCGAGCCCUUUCUUAUGGAUGAACUGUCCCUGUCCUUAACUGGCGGUCCUAAUGGAUACACGAUAUCGCUGAAGGAUAUGAAGAUUUAUGGAGCCAGUAACUUCUCAAUGUCUAGACUCAAAUUAUCGGAAAAUGGCAAGCCAUUCGAAGCAAAGAUCAACAUACCUUCAUUAAAAAUUAAUGCCAGAUAUGAGAGUAGCGGCGUACUAAUUAUCCUGCCUGCUAGCGGAAAUGGAACCUUUUUAGGACAAUUUGAUGACUUGGACUGUAUGCUUAAAGGAAAAACCAUUACCAAUGAAAUCGAUGGUGAAAAGUACUUACGCGUGGAUACACUGCACGUGGACCUUACCGUGAAAAAAAUGAGAAUGAUGGUGAAAAAUAUUUUCAAGAACAACCGAAUUUUGACUGAAGCUAUCAACCUCUUCCUAAGGGAAAAUGGCCAGGAGGUUUUCAAGGUGAUGCUUCCACAGCUUAGGAAGAAGCUGGCCAAUUUAUUCAUGAAUAUCUCGAAUAAGUUGCUAAUGAAUAUUCCCUUGGACGUGUUUUAUGUUCCAGUAUCCAAACAGGCUAAACACUAAUCACUAGUGACAGAUAUUUAGAAAUAGAGUGUGUAAAUAAUCAGUUUUUCAUUGCAGCCAAAUCUCAGUAGUCAUCAGAUCUGAAGAAAACGGUGGCCAAGCAAUUAAUGGUGCAUUUUAGUACAUUGAACCAACUGAAGAAUGAUGUUUAUUUUUUAAUUCUUGAAUGUCACGCAACUUGGCAAUUAUCUUCUGAAAUUUGGUAAACCUGCGUGUCAGGCUCCGAACUUAUUAAGUUAUUAGCUGUAGUACUUACCCAUUAUAGUGAUUAGGACAAUUUAAAUAAAAAAAGUUUCAUAAUAA